AUGAACUAUAACAAGGAGAGGCAUGCAAUGCCUGACUUGAAGCUGAACUUAUCACCACCAAGGGCAAUUUCAUCAAGUAGAUCGUCAUCAUCUAAUUCUUCUUCUUCUUCAACGGAGAGAUCAUCACCAGCAGCCAGCUCCUGUGUUUCUCGAGAACCGAGCCCAGAUGAUCAGUUUAUCGGUUACCCUAGCAGCCCAGAGACAACUUCAAUGAUGCUUGUGGGAUGCCCUAGGUGUUUAAUGUAUGUUAUGUUAUCAGUGCAUGAGCCAAAAUGCCCUAAAUGCAAGAGUACUGUUUUGCUUGAUUUUUUCCAUGAGGAAAGAAUCGAGAACUCCAAGUGA